AUGGAGAAAAGAGGCCCAACCCCGGGCUCUGGCUCGUACGGCAAGGCUUGCAUGCAAUGUUUCAAAGCAAAGUGCCGAUGCGUGGCUCGACCCGACGGUGCCGGUUGCGAAAGGUGUUUGCGUCUCAAGAAACAGUGCCAGCCGUCAGACUCGAUUCGCAGGCGGACCCGUCGGAACCUCGAUUCUAGCGCGCACAUUGCGAAGCUCGAGGGCAGGAUCGAUACCCUCACAACGAUGCUUCAAUCCAUCGCUAAUGCCACCGGAGUACAGCCUAACCCAAAGGAGUCCCUAAUCAGUACCAGUGCCAGCACUAGCGGGGAAAUCAGCAUGUCUGAUAACGAAUUGAUGCUGCCCUCCUUGACAGACGCGCCGUCGCCGUCAAGUCCGUCCCGGACCAGUGGCUCAACCAGCACAUCUCCACCGCUGUACGAACUGGCACUGGACGAGGCUUCGUGGUAUCUAGACCGCUUCAUGAAUCAUAUGCUGCCUUGUUUCCCUUUCAUCUGCAUCUCUCCAGGCACCACUGCCCAACAGUUGCGCCGGGACCGGCCUUUUCUCACCGAGGCGAUCAUCGCGGUAGCUACGCCAUCGACACAAGAGAAAAUGGCUCGCGCUGACAGACUGAAAUGCCAUUUGACUAGAUCCGUUGUGCUUGAAAACCAGUCAAGCAUUGAUAUGCUGCUGGGCAUGCUAACUUAUAUUGCAUGGAGUACCGAUCCAUUCCUCCAACGGGGAAGCAACUUGUCUCGCAUGAUAAUGCUGGCCAUGUCCCUGGUCUAUGAUCUACAGCUGGGCAAGCCACCACCACCACCGGACUCGCGUGUAAUAGCGACGAUGACCCCAGGGCUUGGGAAUCCUGAGCAGAGCUCCGGCGACAGUUCGACUCAGGGUAUUCUAGAGCAGCAACGAGCGGUUUUGGCAUGUUUUGUCCUCAGCUCCAUGUAG